AAAAUCCAUUUUACACAAAACCCUGCUUCAUUUCUUUUGCAUUUCAUUCGAAAACGCCGUCAGCGUAAAGAUGAAGGUUGUUGCUGCCUAUUUGCUUGCUGUUCUUGGUGGCGACAACACCCCCUCCGCCAAAACCAUCAAGGACAUCCUCGGAUCCGUUGGAGCAGACGCAGAAGAUAAUAGGAUUGAGUCGUUUUUGUCUGAAAUUAAGGGCAAAGAUAUAGCUGAGGUUAUUGCUUCUGGUAGGGAAAAGUUGGCAUCAGUUCCUUCUGGUGGUGGUGGUGUCGCUGUUGCUGCUGCACCUGCGAGUGGUGGUGCUGCUCCUGCAGCUGCUGAGGCAAAGAAAGAGGAGAAGGUAGAGGAGAAAGAAGAAUCUGAUGACGAUAUGGGUUUCAGUCUUUUUGAUUAAGUCUACAGAUGCUGAGUUUGUCGAAGUUUUGUUUGAUAGAUAAUGGAGUGUGAUUUCAUUUCAAUGAUUAAAAACUAAGUUGGAUGGAUUCAGUUUGGUAUUUUAGUUUCUUAAUGUUAAUGUUAUAUUUUGGUUAUGACAGAGUAGUUUAUUUCUUGUCUUACUUUUUCACCAGACAUUUUGUUUCUUAUUUGAAGUGCUAAAGCAAUAGAAAUUGAUAGAUCCAUCUAA